AUGCCAUCUCUCGGUUGCAGCAUCCACCGUGCGCCCGACAUGCGCCCUUUCGGUGCUCAUCUCGGCGAACGGCACCCCCGCGGACGCGCAAAUGGACCGAACCGCGAGACGGCGGCGCGUGCGUGGGUGGCGUGUUUGGGUGCAGCUGGAGCUGGAACGUGACAUUGACAGCAGACAUGGCCUCCACCUGAGCAACCUUUACAUCAAGCCGAAAUGGCAACCAGAGUGGCCGCCUUUACGGCCAAAGUGCGCAAUUUGCACGACUUCCAGCUUAGGUUGCUUCAUGGAAUUGUGCCUGUGCCGUCGGGACUGGAUAUUGCAAACACCAUCAGGAGCUUCUCACAGAUAUUGCUAUGCGUGCUGAAGGACGUGCCUUACUCUCCGUUGGAGAUGCUCCGGAACUGCGAGCAGGACACGGCGCGUCUGGCGUUGUUCCCGAACCUCGACUACAAAGGCUUGUACAAUGCGAUCGUGCAGUUGAUGGACGUGGUGCCGCUGAUCCAGUAUGGGCUGCACGCGUUCGGCCAAAGCGUGCUGCAGUGCCUCGGCUGCCUUUUGUCCUUUCUGGACGCGGAGACCAUCGACACUCUGCCCUACUUGGUGGCCAGCUCGAUGGCCGUGCUACCUGACUCGCUGCACCAAGAGAUCGUCAACUGCCUCUGCUUCUACAUCCUCCCAUUUACCAUUACAAGGAAACCGCAGUCAGAAGAGGAGGAUCAGGAACGCCAACAUCUACAGAUUGAAGAAACUUACGCCAGCCAAUCAGUUUCUGCAAUCCUCAUGAUGGUUUUCCAAUUUUCCAACAAUUCAGCCCAUCACUGCCAGCUGCUCGAGUGCCUGAUGGCCAUGAAGCCGGGCGUGGUGAAGGACCUGCUGUGCAUAACCGCUUACGGCACGGCCGGCGCCCGCUCCAGUGCGGCCAAACUGCUCUUCUACUACUGGCCGCCGUUUAACAUCAACGCCAUCGAAAAGAGGACGCCCACUCACCAAGUGCGGCUGGCAGUGCAAAAUAGAUCCCCUGCUCCUUUUGUUUCAGCCGACUGGCCGCCGUUGUUGUGCCAAAGGGACUCGUGCCCCAAUACGGGCGUCGCCGAGGCGGCCAAGGUAUGCUUCGACCAUGGCGCCUCCAUCACCUUUGCCAACGAAAAGCCGCCGCCGCUCUACCUGUGCAUCGAGUGCGCCAACGAGAUCCAUCGGUGCUCGGCCAACCUCAGCUUCCACGACGUAAUCCACCCCAUGCAGCAGGUUGCCCUAUUUUGCGAGAGCAAGAGCUGCCGUUCCUCAGACAAACAGGCCGUGUCCGUGUGCUUCUCCAUGGAAUGCGCCUCGUACAAUACAAACCACCCAAUCAGGCACUGCAGAUCGUGUCACCAGUCGCGUCAUAAUAAUCGCAGAGGUUUUGACCACGUCUAUCACACGGCCCUCACUUCCUCCUGGAAAAUGGAAGUGGAGACGCGGACUUUCUUGAUCGAGUCCAUCGUCAGUUUGCUGCAAGAGGCGAGCAGCACCUCCAGUAUCCCUGAGAGCUCCUCUGUCAAAGAGGGUUUGCAGAUGCUGAACGUGCAGAGCAACCUGAUGGACCUGCAGUCCAGCAAGUCGGCAGGCACCCUGAGCGUCACGUCGUCGCAGACGCCAGACAGCAUUGACGACAAGCUGCUCAUGUCCAGACAUGGCGUCUGGCUGAUGGUCAGUCUGUGCUGGCCUACUGCGGAAAGUGACGCUGAGGUCAUUGGAAGACUCGUUAGCAUGCUGCUCAACUGGUACGCCGCCACUGCUUACAUCAAUGAUCAUCUUGAAAGUCCAAGUGAAAAAUUAAAAACCGAACAUGUUGCACCAUGGAUUGCUGCUGUAAUUGAUAAACAUCCACAAAUUUUUGUCUCCUGUUUGCUUCCCCACCCACCGGAAUAUGCUAGAAUUGGAGGCCAUUGGGAAACGCUUACCGGCAAAAGCGCUCAUUUGAAGGCAGGAUUGAAUCGAAUACUUUGUUUGGUUCCUUACGACGUUGUCAGCCCUGAAAUUUGGGACCAGGUGAUGCCUCACUGGAUGGAAGCUCUGGUCACCGACUCCAAUGCAAACGCCAGUCAGCGUUUUGGAAUCCCUUCUCCAAUGAAUGCUGAGGUUUCAUCUCAGAUUUCAAUCUUGCUGAGCAAACUCUUGGACCCUGAAAUGAGCCCUCUUGGAUUUGAUUCAAAGACCAUGUACAAUUUUCUCACAGUUCGCUUUAGCAGAACGUCAGCCUCAGUCCAAAAGCAAACCUUGACGUGGAUUCAGUUUUUGACUUCCUUGGAGAUUGUGGUGCAGAUCAAUAUUCUUUUGAAAAUGUUCAGUGAGGGUGUGAGAACCAUGAAGGUGGCUAACCCUGACGACAGAUUCCUUCGGAAGCCUAGCAACCUUGAAAAACUCUCCGCUUUGCAUGAUAGCAACGGAUCAAGAAAAACCAGCAUUUCUCCUGUUGUCGAGGACGACUCUGAACAAAACUCACCUCUCUCAGAGGACGAAGGUCCUGCCAUCCCUGCAAGUAGUGAAGCUGGAUUUCAAACCGAUCCCGAACUCAACCUCUCCUGCUGUAUUAUGAUGCUUGACAUUUUGUUGAAGCAGAUGCAGCUUCAGUGCAUGGAGCGUCACUCGGGAAUAUGGGGCGCACUUGCAACCGAAAUUUGCAAAUUGUUGAGGAACAUGAUCAUCUCUCCCUGGGUCACCAGCCACAAAUGCGAUGGGAAGCAAAGCGAGGAGUGCAUGUUUUGCGAGUCAAGAGUCAUUUGGCACCAGAUGGCCCUACACCUGGUUACUUACAUUGCGCCUGAUCUGCCCUUGCAGCAACCAGAUAGCGAAAUUGAGGUUUUCUCGAGCGAAGAAGUAGAGAAAGGCAAGAACAAGUCUUCCCCCGACUCUGAGAAAAAGCAGGAGAUGCGGCCGUCCGACGUGGUGAUCACCAUGCCGCUGCCCGAAACGCACACCGUGGGCAACGUUUUGGUCAACAUGCCGCAGAUUAUGACCGCCACAGUGGAAACCGUUUCUGAACAACUGGAUUUGGCUCCCAUUAUUCCAUCAGAAAAAGUUGUACCCGCUAUUGCUAGAGCGGUUACGAUUACUGAUACUGAUGUGGCCACUGCUACAGUGCACGUUCAAAAGGCAACACUAGUCGGGGAAAAUGACCAGCCGAUUGAUAUUGAGAAACCCUUUGACAACAGAGAGUUUUGGAAAACGUCAGUUGGAAAAUUUUGGUUCAGUUUUGAAGACUUGCCAGAUCAACUGCAAUACUGCCACCAGCUGUUAAAAGAAUUGCCAACUACAAAAGAGCCUGACGUGCUGUACCACAUAUUGCAGUCGCUGCACAUAUUGUGCCUCCACGGCGACGCUCUGGUAAAAGCCUCGAGAGACCACAGAGGCUUCUUGAUAUGGUGCCAAGAAAAUCUGCUGAUCGAAAACCUUUGGAACUUGCUAAACGCCGAGCACGGCCACAUUUGCGAUGUGUGCGUGCCUGUGCUCCUGCACUGCAUCACCCUGCCUUGCGGACUCGAUGUGUUUUGGAAUAUUAUUCAAAAGGCCUUCCACCAUCAGGAUUGGAGGCAAAGAUUCACUGCAGUCGAGCGAGUGACUGUAAUCGCUCGUUUCCUGGACACCACUCCGCUGAAGAACCAGCAGGCUCUGCAGUCCGCCCUGGCAAACGCCUUCUGUUACCUGAUCUCCAGCAUGGAUGACAUAAACGUGCAGGUGGCGCAGCGAGCCACGCUCUUCAUGGGCACGGUGCACGACCGCGCCAUCAAAGCUUUGGUGCUUUGUCUCGAGUCGCAAUUCGAUAGUGUCAUCGUGGACAGACCGAUGGUGCUGCAGUCCCUCUACCAGCUGCACAACUCGAUGAGCGACCGCCGUAUUUUGUCCUGGGACUUUUUCCUCAACCGCUUUGACACUCUUUUCAUUGAGGCGCAAAUCAACGCGGAAAAAUGCGGCGACAUUACUUAUUUGAGAGAUUUGCGCAACUCCGAUCUAAACAGUGAGACAUUUUUGCGCAAGCUGAACCGCGCGCACGAGGCCCUGAGCCAGUCAGACACAAGCAACUCAGGUGGCAGUGCUCAGGGACCGAGUCAAGCCGAUUCGCCCACCAGCUCGACUGCCCCCAGUGCCCCACACCAGCCACCUCCCCUUAUCAAAACCCUGAGCGCCAGCUUUGGCACCAAGUGGCCCUACAAAAGGACAAUGUCUGCUCCAGCACAAAUGCUUCCACGUGCAGAAAAAGCAGGUAGCAGUAGUGUGAUUGACAAAGAAAAGGUGUACAGCCGACAGUUCUCGGCACCAGUGCUUAAAAGAAGGAGCUCGGGAAGAUUUGGAAUCGAGGGGCAAAUGCACGGGAGUAACAUCAUAGAGGACGCCCAAGUGUGUGGUUUGUUGCAAAGAAUUAUCGAAUUUGAAGAGUCGGACAGCGAGACCAUACACUUACUCAUUUUCCUUUUAAUGCAGUUCAUGUCAAGAUCAGACCAAGCUUUCCCAACUGACGAGAAAAACGUCGCCAAAGUGCAAAACAUUGUGCUCCGCCACAUGUACUUGUUGCUUGGCUACAACUGGUCUGAGAGAGGAUUCUACGUUUCAGCCCAAAAACUGAGAAAUUCUGCUAUUUUCCGCGUAUUCAUGGCCAAUUUACCGCAACUACUCGACCAUAACCACUUGCUGGGCUUGCUAACCCUGCCGACGGUCCUCACUCUCUUGAUAUACUGCCCUUCGACCCAGAACUACUCUGCCACCUUUGUUGGAAAUCAUGAAAUCCUCAGCAACUCCAGCAAUUACACUCUGUGGCUGCUGGAGCCCCACAUUCGACGAAAUUGGUUUAUCUCCCUCUUAGUCAUUUUGUACAAAUACCAGUUCAACCAGCCUCUUUUCUACAACCAACUGCAAUACUUAAUUCGAAUCGUGCUGAACACAUUAGACUCGCAGCAACACUACUGCAGGCGAAUACCAGGCACUCUUGUCAUUGGAUCUCUCCCCAGCAGAUCAAGAGACGUCAGCCAGCCUUCGCUAGGAAAUGCUUUCGUUGAGUCAAACAUGGAAAAUGCCUGUGAAUCGCCUCCACCUCAAGAUCAUGGGGUUGUUGUGAGACCUGCCAAAUUUGUUACUAAAAGCAUGGAGACGCACUGGGAGGAGGACAUUCAAGUGCAUCAAUCUGCCGAUGAGAACGAAAAUGGCGAAAUCGGAAAAAGAAUUCCAUCAAGUUUUGAGGCCGAUGACACUGAAUCAGAGCUAGCAGCAAUACCGGAAAGUCCACAGUCGGGGAGCACUAUUCAUCAGAGUAUUCAUGGAUCUUUUGAAGAACUCGUUUCUUGCACUGUGGAGGAGGCAAGGGUUUGUAUUGUGGAGCAGACACCCGUUGUGGCGACAGCGGUCGUGUCAAAAGCUAAUGUUGUGGCCGCGGAGAAGCCGAAAAGCGGGAAAGAACAUGCUCGGACAAUGACGAUUGAGCCAACCUGGAAUACUGCUGAAGUGUGCCAAGCAGCCGCAGUGCUCCAGUCAUCGCCGAGAAAUACAACUACACCUUUCCGCGUCGCACAUCAGUACUCGAUUAGAUCAGAGGAAUAUUUCUUUGGCUCGCCUGACUCACCUUUGUCCAAAAUGGAAGUCCAGACAAUAUCUUCUCCGAUUGAAGUGAGAGAAACGGAGUUCAAAAUUUUGUCAUCCCUUGAAGUUCCGAGUCAAGAGAGACUGUUGCCCAUUGGUUCGAGCAGGGAAACUGUGGCCAAUUUAGCUGAUAAGAUGAAAACUUGCCUCCAACUUCAUGACGUUCCACCACCAACAACUCGGCCAAGGGAUUUGGAAAACUCUAAGAUGCAUAAGCAGGACAGCGGCAGCUCUAUUAGUCCGCGAAUUUUGAAGAAGCAGACUGCUCUCGUUGAAUCACCUCCAAAUAUUUACUCGAUGCCUCUUACACACGCGUCUACAAGUAAACUGGAUGACCACCACAUUGACGACGCAGCACAAUUUUAUAAAAACUGGCAUCAGGACCGAAAACACACUUCAAAAAGUGAUGAAAAAGCGCGGCCACGGUCACGAAAAGGCGGACUUUUUACAGCAGGCACAUCCACAAGCCAAACUUAUAGGCCCGCUGGCAGCUGGCAUCCAGGAAUGGCAAAAGCUGAAAGCCAGCAAGACCAGAACAAUGAGAACGGUGCAAAGUGGACUGAGGACGCAGUGCUUGAACGCUGCUCAGAAUGUGGUCUCGUGAUCGAGGAGUACACUCCUGAAGACAUCGGCCUGUGCAUCAUUAUUCUCGGAACUUUCAUGCACAGUGAACCUAGUUUGGCCUCUCCAAUGCUGCCAGAAAUUCUGCGAAUUAUCUCAAAGGUUUCUCAAAAUGCGCCAUUCUAUUGGCAAAAUGAGUCAAAAGUGCACUUACCUGGAAGCACUGUGAGCGUUGCCAAUCAGUUCAUGCGCUGCAUUCUCCACCAGCUCGCUCCAAAUGGCAUUUUUACCCAAAUCUUCCAAACGCAAGUGCAAGAAAAAAUUCGAAUCCAGUUUUUCAAAAGCGUGGCUCAAGCAUUGCUUGAUUUCACCGAUCUGAAUCCGAUUCAGCCGUUGCAACUGAUGCUGGAGAGUCUGAAUUCAAAGAAAACCCUACCUGUGGAAAUGAUCCCGAAUAUAGGGCACAACAUCGCCCUCUACCUUGGCUGUCUGCAGCCCUUGGACACAGGGAUAGGCUCUUCCUCGCAAACCUGGAGCCAGCUCCUCACGGCCAUGGAAUCAUUUUUCAGGAGGAUCGCCCUUUCCCUGUCUCAAAUUGACAGCGUGGACCCUUUGCUACGCCUCAUGAUCCAAACGCUCAAGCUUCCUGGAAUUUCUGGCUGCAAGGGUAUUUUGGAGCCAUUUUCUAAGGUUUUAAGCUUCGGAGUGCAAAAUUUCUCUCUGAAGUACCAGCAGUUGGCGGAUUUGUGCUAUCACUGUAGCAGAGCUUUUGUUCGAGAAAGGGAGCGUCUUCUUUUAACCAGGGUGCUUGUCUUGGAGCUGGUGCAGGCUCUCAAAUUCAAAUCUAACAUUCCGGACACCAACUUCUUUCUUCUGGUCAACUUUAUUCUCGAGGACGCCGGCGGGCUGCUGAUGACAACGGGCAUGGAGCAGUACCUGUGCGUCAACAACGAGCUGCCCAGCAACCCACCACUCAACACCAACGCCUGCGAGUGCAUGCGGCAGCACAUCAACGACGCCAUUGAGUUUCUCACUGAUGUCCACACCUUGAGCAGAAUUAAAAGCAACUGCAGAGGUGUUUCAGUAGGUUUGAACGAUGACACACUUGGCGGCUCUAUCAAAAGCGGUAUUGCUCAAUACAUGGCUCUUGAAAUCACCAGAGGCAACAAUAGGGACAAUAGAGCGGUCAGCCGACACUUCCCUUGGCUAUGCAACGUUCCAACUACGAUCCAACAAGGGCCGAGGGAGUUCUUGGAGUGCAUGGGUCACAUCCGCCUCCUCUCCUGGCUGCUGCUGGGCUCCCUUUACCACACGGCCCUGAUUGGACCUUCAAAAUCUCCCCCAAACGCGAAUACCAGCAGCCAAUCUGGCUCGAUUACCUGCCAACCGAUCCCUCAAGAAGUGUCCUGCCACGUUGCCGACCACAUUCAGGUGAUACUCGCUGGAUUCGUGGAGCAAAGCAAGGCUUCCGUUUUGCACAUGUCCUCGCUCUUCCACGCCUUUAUCCUCUCGCAGUUGUGGACCAUGUAUUUGGAGCAAGGCCCAAGCUCCAAUAUGGCUAAUGGCGAAGCGCACUACAUCACCAUGACCAUCCUAUUUGACUUUUGGUGCAAAGUUACUCCCUGCAUAUUGCAACUCGUGUCCCACUCCAAAGUGUUGGCCGAGAUGGUGAACCUGCACUUUUUGUCACUGCUCGAGGCCCUUCUAGAAUGCAACUCGACGGUUCUGAGUAAAUUGCUUCCACUAUGGUGCCCUGUGCUCUACUCGCACCAACACCAGCUGCCAGGCCACCUGCAGGUGCGUCUGCAGUCCUGCAGAAAUUAUGCGCCUAGCGACACCUUCCAGGCCGAAAUGCCGCCACCGAGUGGUCCCCAGACUUCCGGCGCCGCUUCUGGGCAGUCGCCUUCGCACUCGGCCAUCUUAAACCAGCAGAAGCAAAGCCCUUCCGUAGGCAUGAAGGUGAAGGUGUCCAACCCCUUCCUCCUCAAGUGGCUCCAGAGGUUGCAGUUUAAAAUGGGCCAAAUCGAGCUGCAGUCCUCCGCUGCCACGCAGUUUUAUUCUGUUUAGAUGAAAGAUCACUGUGUUACCCCACCCUAAUGUGUUUCACAAUGCUGUAAUAUGCCUGUAUUGUUAAAAAAUCCAUUGACUGCACUAAAAAUGUUAAUAUUUGUUAGAAAAAAAGAUGUUUAUUAGAUAAUCCUCUGUUGAAAUCUGUAUUGAUGUUGGCAAGAGAAUAAAGUGAAUGUAUUAAGGAAUAUA